AUGGAUACUAUCAGGAACACGUUGGCCGAGAACUUUGGCAGCGCUGGACGUCUGGGAACCCACCAAUUCUCCCUCGAUGAGGUCCCAGACUUGAGCGGCAAAGUAGCCGUGGUCACUGGCGGCAGCGAAGGCAUCGGUUAUGGCUGCACGCAUACACUUCUCAAGAACAACAUUGACAAGCUAUACAUUUUGUCCCCGGAUGCCGGAGUUGUAGACAGCGCCAAGGAGGCUCUUGCAAAAGAGCUCGGCCAAGAUGCCGCGAACAAGACUCGCUGGCUGCGAUGUGACCUGGCCGACUGGAACCAGGUCAGAAACGUCGCAGAGGAAAUCAAGAAGGACACGGACAGGCUCGAUAUUCUCAUCAACAACGCCGCCCGCGGAAUCAUGACCUACCAGCUCACCGACCUAGGCGUCGAUCGGCACAUGGCCGUGAACCAUAUGGGCCAUGUUGUGCUUACGUCGUAUUUGUUACCGCUGCUCAAGGAGACGGCCGAGAAUGGGAACACGGUCCGAAUCUCUUGCCAGGGCAGCAACGUCCAUCAGUCUCCCGGGAGCGACACAAAAUUUGCGAGCCUUGAGGAGCUGAACCGCGAUCUCGGCCCCAACACGCUAUACGGACGCAGCAAGCUUGCCAACAUCCUCUACGCACGAUACCUUGCGCGCAAGCUCACCCAUGGAGGACACCCCAACAUCCUGGCUAACGCGACACAUCCAGGUAUUGUGAGCACCCACAUGAGCAAGGUCGAUAUCCUUGAGGCGUAUCCCCUGGCGGGCUAUGGCAUGGCUGUCGGCCUUGAACCCUUCAAGAAGAACCAGUUCGAGGGCGCCACACCGACCAUGUAUGUCACGACUGUGACCAAUGAGUCUGGCCAGUACAUCUGCCCUCCUGCCAUCCCGGAACCGGGGAGUGACAUGUCGCGAGACGAGGCGCUGGCAGACCGGCUGAUGGAGCUAACGCGGGUGACGAUCGUGGAGAAGACGAGAGAGCACGGCAAGCCACUGGAGGACUUUGAGUUGUAUUAG